UUUUAACUCAGGCGGUCAAAGUUGGGUGGUGGGAGCGGGUCCUGUCCUGCCAUCCAGCGCAUUGAGUUGGAUGGACAUGUUUUUCUUCACAGCUCCUCCCUGUAGUCUGCUUACCUCCCUCCGGAUCACAGGUGAAAAUGAACUUCAGCUUUCUGGGAUGAUCUGACUUGGUCCUUCGCUCCCACCCCUCCCCCGUUUCCCUUCCCUCCUGUUUCUUAUCUGCAAUGCUUUGGAAAAGCAAGAACCAGAGGCUGACGUCUCACCCAGCAUGAAGAGGUGCAAGUCAGAUGAGCUGCAGCAGUUAGACGGGGACUCUGCUGGGACAGAAGAUGCCCUCCUUCUGCCAACCAUGGAUGCUAAGCUUGGGGACUCAGCUGCUGCUCCGGUGGAUUUGGGUGUCUCCAAUCCAAACCCAGCUCCCCAUCCUGCUACCCGGAGCAAACCUCCUGAUUUAAAGAAGAUACAACAGCUGUCUGAAGGUUCUAUGUUUGGUCAUGGACUCAAACAUCUUUUCCAUAGUCGUAGGCGGUCCCGGGAACGGGAGCACCAGAAUUCCCAGGAGUCAUCCCAGCAACACCAUGGCAUGUCUGAUCAUGACUCCCCUGAUGAAAAAGAACGCUCUCCUGAGAUGCAUCGUGUCUCUUAUGCUGUGUCUCUCCAUGAUCUCCCAGCUCGACCCACUGCCUUCAACAGGGUGUUACAGCAGAUUCGCUCCCGUCCUUCCAUCAAGAGAGGAACCAGUUUGCAUAGUGGCAGUCGCCGAGCCAAGAGUAGCUCUGUAGAACCACAAAAAAGCAGCCCACACCUUGUGCGCAGGGCUCCCCAGGAUAGCAGCCUGACAGCAAUCCUGCAUCAACAUCAAGGCCGGCCAAGAUCUUCAUCUACUACAGACACUACCAUCCUUAUGGCUGAAAGUGGGAAUGUUUACUUUCUGACAGAAGAGUCUGAAUGCGUCACUGACAAGUUGGACAAGGGGGAUGUGAGCCAACUCAACCUGCCUUCCAAUACAAGCCACAGUGAUGCUGAAAGCAACAUCUGUCUUGAUGUUCCAGAUGGCAACCCUGACCCACAGAGGACGAAAGCUGCCAUUGACCAUCUGCACCAGAAGAUUCUUAAGAUCACUGAGCAAAUAAAGAUUGAGCAGGAGGCUCGAGAUGACAAUGUAGCUGAAUACCUGAAACUUGCUAAUAAUGCUGAUAAGCAGCAAGCCUCUCGUAUCAAGCAGGUCUUUGAGAAGAAGAACCAGAAAUCAGCCCAGACCAUUGCCCAGCUGCAUAAAAAGCUUGAACAUUACCACAAAAAACUAAAGGAGAUUGAACAAAAUGGGCCAACACGUCAGCCCAAAGAUGUCUUCCGGGACAUGCAUCAGGGACUCAAGGAUGUAGGAGCCAAUGUUCGGUCCAGUAUUAGUGGUUUUGGUGGUGGUGUCGUAGAGGGUGUCAAGGGUGGGUUGUCAGGUCUUUCUCAAGCAACACACACAGCUGUCGUUUCCAAGCCCCGUGAGUUUGCAAGUUUAAUACGCAACAAAUUUGGCAGUGCUGACAACAUUGCCCAUUUAAAGGACACUCUGGACGAUGGUCACCCAGAAGAGGCCUCGCGAACUCUAAGUGGCAGCGCUACGCUCGUGUCCAGUCCCAAAUAUGGAAGCGAUGAUGAGUGCUCCAGUGCCACUUCUGGCUCAGCAGCUGGUAGCAAUUCUGGGGCUGGUGCUGGGGGCUUGGGCAGUCCUAAGUCUAACACCUUGGAAAGUCAUCAUUAUAACUUUGACACCAUUGUAGAAGAACUGAGAGACAUUAAAGACAUUCAAUCCCAUCUCGAGGACUCCAUUGAAGAACUCAAAGCUCAGCUGCAACGAGACUAUACAUACAUGACUCAAUGCUUGCAGGAGGAACGAUACAGGUAUGAACGCUUGGAAGAGCAGCUCAAUGACCUGACUGAGCUUCAUCAGAAUGAGAUGACCAAUCUGAAGCAGGAACUGGCCAGCAUGGAAGAGAAGGUGGCUUACCAGUCCUAUGAAAGAGCCAGGGAUAUUCAGGAAGCUGUGGAGUCCUGUCUGACUCGGGUAACCAAGCUAGAACUGCAGCAGCAGCAACAGCAAGUGGUGCAACUAGAAGGAGUGGAAAACGCCAAUGCCCGUGCUCUACUGGGAAAAUUCAUCAAUGUCAUCUUGGCCUUAAUGGCCGUGUUGCUGGUCUUUGUCUCCACCAUUGCUAGUUUCAUCACUCCAAUGGUGAAGACCCGCAUGCGUCUCCUGAGCACUACUUUACUAGUGCUUUUUGUCUUCCUCCUCUGGAAGCAUUGGGACACCAUCACUUAUCUCCUGGAACAUGUGUUGCUGCCUAGCUGAUUUUCUUGGCAGCCAGUUGCUGCGGCUAGAGGGAGUUCAUUUCUUGUAGAAAGGAAGCAAAACUGAGGCGACUUCCAGUUGGUUUUAUGUCCAUUUGGAGUGUGCAAUUCUCAAUUGCUUCCUCUUCAGAGCCUUUUGUUGUUGUGCCCAACAUCAUCUCAGCCGUAGGGAGAGUAAUUACAGCGGAGCUUAUGAAAGGCUUACUCUGUCACACUUCUCCUCUGCAAUGCUCUCGCAAGGCAGACGGGGAAGACAAAUAACCCCCAUAAAGAGCUCAAUCUUUCUGAUUUUAUCCAUUUCUUAAAUCAGAUAAAGAGAUGAUGAUGAUGAUGAUGAGGGCAGUAAUUCAUGUACAAUCAAAAGGUCUUCUCUAAAAAGCAGUUGCUUAGUUAUGGAUUUUCAUCUAUGUUGGAGAGAAGUGAUGGAACAUUUAUCAACGUAGUAAUAUAUGAAGACAGAGAUAAAGAAGAUUCAACACUGAACUUUUUCUUUUUAUAACUCAUGAAGAUGAAAACAAUCCAAGAAUUAAAUUGUGCAUACAACAGAAGAUAAUUCAGGUAACAACGUGGAGCUUAAUUUUCCUUCUCAUAGGACAACUGAAAUUCCAGAUAUUUAGCUGGACUGCUUCAUGUCAUGGAUUUGUUGUCCUUGUGGGUUGGUUUAUGAACUAAUGACAACAGUAUCUGAGGAGAACGCAUUGAGCCUUCUGAUGCAAACUCAACGGUUUUGGUUGGCUUUGUUUUCAUUUGUUUUCCUUUUUGAUAUUUCCAUGGACUUUAGAAAUACUUAUAAUCUUUACAAGUGUGUGUGUGUGUGUGUGUGUGUGUGUGUGUAAGUGUGCAUGUGUUAAUUUAUUGAUUUCAGAGAUUUUUUUUUAAAAAAACCAAGCAUUAGUAAGCAGUCACCUGCCUUCACAUGAUGGAGGGCUUUAAAGUGCUCUAAUAGCAAUAAACCCUCAAUCUGCACAAAAUGAAUGAGCCACCACUUGAAUUCGACAGUGUUCAUUAACUAGGAGCAGUAGAUAAUUUGUCCAAUCAUCACGGACUUUGGAGAAAUCAUAUUCUUUGAUAGACAUUUUCUCAUGAAAGGGUAAGCAUCUUGACAUGCAUCAUCUGGUCUUUUUGAAGGUAGCAAUUGUUGCAACCCAUUUGAUGCCAUUUUGUUUUUAACUGAAGCUAUCAGACCAUGGCAUAUUGUAGGUUGAAAGCUUAAAUUGUAUUGAUUUGAUUAGGAAGUUUUACGCCAGAUGAUAGAGCAGAGCAUCUGCUCUGAUUCGGCCGAGAUAUACUUGCUUUUCUGGGCAACAGAAAGACUUAAUUGCAUGUUAGGGUUAAACGGCUGGAAUCUAAAUAUCUAACAGAAUGAAAUGGGAGAGUCCUGAGAUAGUGGAGAACGGACACUUCAGACUCAUGGCAUGGCUAUCCUCAUUCUCUUUUACCACUUUAUUCUGUUGCAUGUGUAGAUAUUGUUUGAAAACCAUAGGUGUUUAUUUUGCACUUACAAGAACUUUGAACAGCCCUUGUUAUAAGAUAGGAAAAGGAAAGGCAGCACUGACAUCUGUGAGGAUCUUCUGCUCAUACAUAAGUGAGCAAGGUAGAAGGAGUUAUUUUCCAUGUAACGCAGGGAAAUUAUGGAAGUUUAAGUUUUGCAGUAGCUGCUUCCAUUCUCCAGCAUCAAGACAACCAAUGCAUCUGUUUGACUUCAUUCUCCUUAGGACUACUGAAGGCUGAAUAACUUCACCCUCUCAAAACAAUGAUUUUAUUCUCCCUUCACUGCUCUCCUAUAACAAUACGGCACAUUGGCUCUUUAUUACACAAAACAUUCCUGGAUUAUUUUGCGUAAAAUAAUAUCUACAGGGAAUAAUUUUAGGCAAAAUAACAGUCAUCCUGGUUCGGCUCCUGUGUUUUACUCGCUGCUAGCACUUAGAAAUGGGGAAAUGGUUCUAGUUAAAGCAGCUGAGACCAAAAUGGGCCUACAUGUUUGAAUAGCAUCAUGGAAUUUGGGCCUGAGGCUGAUUCUUUUCCCUGUAGAGGCCUAAGUGUUGAUUUUACCUCAGUACCAUAUUUUUCUAAAGAUAAAAUUCCCUCAAAUGUAAGCUUCGUUCUGCCCUUACUAAGCCCCGGAGAUGUGAAGAAUCCAACCUUUAUUUAGGCAUCUACUUGAUUUGUAUGUUUUCUUGAAAAAGUCUGUUUUUAUCAUCCGUCGCAAAAAUGAUCUGGUUUUAUACUGUAAUUUGAAUGGGUAACAUGUUAAAUGACGUUAGGAUGAAUGCUGAAUGAGGUAGAAAGAUGAUGUUGGUUGCAAGAAAAGUGCUAUCCCGGAAGAUAAAAUAAAAUAAACGUUGGCCACUGUCAGUGGUGAAAGUGUAAUUAUGCAGGAUUGGCUCUUUCAUCGGUGUUUCUUAUUUUGCACUGUUCCUGACUUCUCCCUGUCAGUACAUGACAGUGGGAAUCGGAAAGCAAAGUGGCUUCAUUAAAGAAAGUUUGUGGUGCUGUUCCUAGGUGCUGUUCCUUGCUUUCAACAGCAAUAGGAGAGUAUAAUUAUUUGGGAUGUUUGUCCCUUACUUCUAUUCCUCAUUCCAUUCUCCCCCCCCUCCUCUAGUGAUCUAUUGCAGGGGUCUCCAACCUUGG